AUGACCAUUCAACUUUACGACCACAAUAGCCACGACUGCUCCACGUCUGGCAGCACAAACGUUGCCCAGCUGGGCGUACGACAGUGCGGACCAGCUUCCGGCAGCACUACCAUCUCCGCGUGCACCGUUUCAACUGUACAUAUAGCCUACUCAAUUUACGACCAAAUCAUGUUACGACCGGUCUGCGGUCCCAACCAUGGUCGAGAUACUGCGCGCAUACUCGCAGCAGAUACUGAAAACGAAAGUUCUCUUCGCAGUUCCCAACUUGGCAGCCCUUUUGCUUUUGAGUUUAUUGAUUGCCUUGGGACUGAAGCUACAAAGAGAGCCAUCCACCAGGAGCAAUCCCAUGGCUCGCCUGGCAGAUUCCGGCCACCUGGAGACCCACUGCCGCCCCAGGGGGAAUUCCCAGGGAUGCCCCAGCAUCAGGCAGAAGACACGCAGGGGACCCGCCUGCCCUCCCAGCCUUCUGAAUAUUCGGGAAAGCACAGCAAGGAUGGUCAGAAGACAGGAUUCAGGAGCUCUGGAAGGUUCUCUGGGAAGGGGUGUUUAAGGUCCAAACGAGAGGCAGACCCAAGCCGGGAUCGAGGGCAAGAGCUGGAGAGGAUCCCAGCAGAUCCACCCAGAGGCUCAGGAUGGACCUCAGUGAAGCUUCUGGAGGAAGACAAGCAGGAGGCAGAAGGCGACUUCAGGAGGCCCUGGAAGAACCUAUCAGUAAGUUCAGCACCCGGGGACCCAGACAAGAAGCAUCCGGAAAAUAAGUUGCAAAUCCAUCUGGGCAGGAAGGUGGGGGAGAUCAAGGAGGGCCGGAUCCCCAAGCCUGUGCCUCGCUCCCGGCUCAUGGCCAAACGUGCUUUUCCCAAGUCUGACACCUGCCAGGACCCUGGGAUGGCACCCAGGAGAGGUGGGAAAGCCCACGUGAACACCUCCCAGGAGCUUUCCUUCCUCCAUCCCUGCACCCAGCAGAUGCUGGAAGCACAUCUUUUAAGGUUUCGUGUGAGGCACAGGUGGGGUCCAGACCUCCGGUCCCUGGAGCCCAUAAACGUCCGGUCACGUGAGGCUCAGCCCCCGCCCCUCCCACACUCCACCUGUCCCCUCUUGGCCUCCUGCGAGUCUCGGGUUGAACCUGUAGCCGAGGUUGCCAUUUUCCUGGGAAAACCUCCCCAGAAUGGUCCAGGAGACAGCUGGACAACAAGCAAGUUAGUCCCCGCCGUGAUUGGCCCUCUCCCUUCCCUACCACCUGAGCAGGAGGAAGUCCAGAGGGCCCCGAGAGGGUCCCAGUCAGCUGACACAGGGAGAUCAGAGGCGUCUCCCACUGGACAGGAGGACAGGGGGUCUCAGCCCCUCACAUGCAGCCCUGGGGGCAGAACCUGGCACAGGGAGAUGGUCCCAGGAUCCGGGGAAACCAUCCUAGAGGCGAGUACGAGUCCAGCAAUGACUGGGAAUGAGCCGUGGCCUGAGAGCGAGAGCACGUCCCUGGGAGACCCCUGUAGUGGCAGAGCCCUGCAGGAGCUCAAGGUAGGGACCCCAUGGGCAAGUGCCAAGGACGCCCCGGAGCCCCUGGAGGUGGGGGAGGAGAAGCCUCCCGCUUGGGAAGUCACCUUGGAAGCCAGUGAGAAGGUAAAUUAGGGAAGCAUUCAGGUAGAUCUGAGGAGAUCAGGGGCUCUGGGGACCACUAGUAAUCCCUCAGUGUCCACAGUUUGUGUUGCUGAGAAUCCAAAGCAGCCGUGCCUGAGAGCGCAGGUGGUCAGUGAGAUCGAGCUCACAGUGCAGGAGGAUCCAGAGGAGCAGCUGCCAGGCCGUGCUUCCGGCCGCCACGUGGACAUGCUCCCCGCCACAGACAUGCCACCUGCUCAGGCCCCUCUGUCCACCUCCCAGAGUGUGUCCAGUAAGAACACCACAGCUUCCCAGGGGCCACGUGACCUCCCAUGAAAGGGAGGGAAAGGCCCAGGGCAGCAGGAGCCUGGGAGCCCAAAAGCGAAGGCCCCACAGAAGAGUGCAAAGGCACUGGGAUCUGCAGACAACGGCACGGCCCACAAGAGGCCCAGACCAGGGGAGCCGGGACAGGGGACCAAGAGACCCAAGACCUCAGAAGCCAGUAUGGGGAGCCACCCUGCCCACGCCAGGGAAAUAGGAGACAAACAGGAAAGGAAAUACGUCCACUCUCAGCCGGAGAAGGGACAGGCACCACCAGAAAGCAACUUCCGGAGACAGAUCAGCCACCCUCUGCAGGGUCUACCCCCCAGGAAAAGUGGUGUGGGGCAGGAAGAUGUCCUACAGAAAGGCAGGCCUGGGGCAGCUGGUGUCCAGAGCCGCGAGUCUGGCCCAGCAAGGUUGUUCAUGGACAGCAUGGCUGAUGAGGCCUGGGCCAUCAUCAUAGUUGUGGGACAAGUCUUGGUGGACAAACGGGGGCUUCAGCAGGGACAUGGUCCCUUAGAGGUCAGUCGCCACAAAGGUAACCUCCAUUCCCAGGAGAAUGUGCGUUCCUGCUGCCGUAGGGGUUACUGCCACCAAGAACACAGCAGAGAGAUGGGCGUUCUGACCUGCAGCCCCAAAGCCACCCCCAAGGGCCAUGACUGUCAUGUCAAAAAUAGGGGCAGCAGAGACAGCAAUUGGACCCCACGUCCUGAGGAGCCUGCACCCCCAGCUGGUCACCACCACCACAGGCCACGGGUGGCAAGCACCUCGGGCGGCCCCAUCCACAGUCACAGGAACUGA